AUGAUUGAGCGAAUGCCUUUCAAGCCAAACGGAGGAACUUUGCUUAGUUCUUGUAGAGUUCACAAUAAGGCGAGUAUGGAUGGUGAUCACUUCUCAAGUAGUCAAGGAAUCACUGAGGCCUCGGAAAGUACAAAUAUUGGUAGCCUAGAGAAGUGGGAUGGUUUCAUUAAGGAAGGAAAAGUGAAAGAAGCUAUGGAAGUUUUAGGCGUGUUAGAAAAGCAAUGUAUUCCAGUUGAUUUGCCGGGACUGCUAAAGCUAAUGCAGGCGUGUGGGGAAGCCAAAGGUUUAGAAGAAGCAAAAGCUGUGCAUGAACACAUUGUAAGAGCAACGAACCCUCUUAAAGUCAGCACCUACAACAAGAUCUUAAAAACAUAUUCACAAUGUGGCUCUAUGGAUGAUGCGUUUAAUGUCUUUAAUAAUAUGGAGCAACACAAUUUGACAUCUUGGGACACCAUGAUAACAGGCCUUGCAAAGAAUGGUGUAGGGGAGGAUGUCGUCCAUUGCUUCUCUCGAUUCAAGCGAACAGGACUAAAACCGGAAGGUCAGAUGUUCAUCGGGGUUUUCUUUGCCUGUAGUGGUUUGGGGGAUUGAGAUGAGGGAAUGUUGCACUUUGAAUCAAUGAUCAAUUACUAUGAGAUUAUUCCGUCCAUGAAGCAUUAUGUGAGUAUAGCUAACAUGUUGGGAAGCAUAGGGUAUUUAGAUGAAGCAUUGGAAUUCAUUGAAAAGAUGCCAAUGGAGGCAAGUGUUGAUGUUUGGGAGACAUUGAUGAAUGUUUGCAGAAUUCAUGGGAAUUUGGAGCUUGGUGACCGAUGUGUUGAGCUUGUUGAGCAACUAGAUCCCUCACGUUUGAAUGAGAAGACAAAGUUAGGCCUUGUACCUGUUAAAGCAUCGGAUACUGUGAAAGAGAAAAAAAAAAAGGAGAGAAAGUACCAUGACUUUCAAACAGGAGAUACAUCUCAUCCAGAGAGUGAUAAGAUAUAUGCUCUUAUUAGAGGUUUGAAGGCUCAAAUGAAAGAGGCUGGUUACAUUCCGGAGACAAAAUUUGUGCUACACGACAUAGUCCAAGAAGGUAAGGAGGAAGCUCUUCUUGCUCAAAGUGAGAUACUCAUUGUAUCGCAAGGUCUCCUCUGCAGCCAUGCCCGUGCUCCCAUUCGGAUAGUAACGGACUUUCAUAUUUGUGGUGAUUAUGCUGCAGUGAAAAUCAUCUUGAAAAUUUUUGGUAGAGAACUCAUUAUACAGGCUGAGGAGAGAUUCCACCAUUUUAAAGAUGGAUUGUGCUCCUGUCGGGACUAUUGGUGACCACAUUUGAGUCUAAGGUACUCAGUUAGCACUGUUUGAGUUGGUAGCACAUCCAAGAGGCCAGAGACCAAUUGAGGAAUUUUGUGAGGAAAGAUUUUGUUCCUUGUGUUCAUACACCAUGUCCAAUUAAAUAGAAUUUUUUAUGCAUUUAAUCAGAAGAAUAGGAAAGGUUCCCAAGAUGCAUUUAAUCAGAAGAAUAGGAAAGGUUCC